AUGGCAGACUCAAAUUCAGACUCAGAUGCUUUGCCCAACAAGCGCCAGAAGAUCGCACAUGAUGAUGACAAGCCUAUCUACGACCUAGAAAGAGUCGUUCUGAUGCAUGCUGGUUCUCCUGUCGUGCAAGUCCCUUUGCUCAACUUCCAGACUUACGCCCCCAUGAGAAAACCUGACCUGAGAAUCGAGAUCACUGAGGGUGAAACACACCGCUGGAAGUUCUACAUCGACGACGUACCUGGAUCCACGCCCGAAGAUGCCGUCAAGAGAUGGGCAAGCUGGCUGAUCCACUUUGAUCUACGCGCUGUCAUGGACGGUGGACCGAUGGAUAGCGAUAAGUUAGCAUCCGCUCUGUUCCAGGCCAGCUACGUACUCGGGGAGUCAGACUAUCGAGAUGCUCUGAUCGACGCUUGGAUGUCGUGGGUCCAGAACGGAGGACCUGCAGGAAGUCUGAGCACCGAACGACUUCGACGCAGUGGUUUUGUCACGUAUGGUCUGAUGGGAGCACUGAUCUUGUACCACGAUGCAGGGGCUAUCGCUAUGGAAGACAAUGAGGACGCUCACAAAUCACCCUACAAUGAUGCAAUCUGCAGAAAGGUUCGCGACUUGGCUUUGAUCUCCUUUGCUCAACCAGACAGAAAACCAAAGGACCCUCUUCAGAUGUCAGACAAGGAGUUCUGCCAGAAAUACCACUCUCACUCCCCAGGGAACCAGCCUUGUUACAAGACAAAGAGCUUGCCUGAGCAGCUUUGA